AUGGCCCAUGAGGAUACUUUGGCCACCAAAGGGAACUUCAACCGCAGACCCACCUUGUUCAGAAAUUUCAUCAGCUCGGCCCCCAAUGCCAAAUUUCCCCCUGAACUCAACCGCUACCACUUGUAUGUGUCGCUUGCGUGUCCGUGGGCCCACCGUAUCUUGAUUGCACGCGUCCUCAAGGGCUUGACAUCCAUCAUCGGGGUGUCAAUUGUCCACUGGCACUUGGACCUGGACGGGUGGAGGUUCAUCAAUUCCGACGAGCUUGCCCAAUCCAAGGGCCCCAACGACCAUUCCAACGGCACUAUCGACCACGUUUACAACGCAUCCAGACUCCGUGAGUUGUACUUCAAAGUCGAUCCCAACUACUCGGGCCGUUUUACCGUGCCAUUGUUGUGGGACAAAAAAUUGGAGACUAUCGUCAGCAACGAGUCUGCCGAGAUCUUGAGGAUGUUCAACACCGAGUUCAACUCGCUCUUGCCCGAAAAAUACGCCCAGGUAGACUUGUACCCAAAAGACUUGCAAGGCAAGAUAGACGACAUCAACAGCUGGAUCUACGAGAACAUCAACAAUGGUGUCUACAAGUCAGGUUUUGCAACUCAGGCCGAGCUGUAUGAAACGGCUGUGAAAAACUUGUUUGUGCACUUGGACAAGGUAGAAGAGGUUUUAGCCAAAAACCACGCCGAAGACAAGAAGCAAGAGUUCUUGUUGGGCAACCAGUUGACUGAAGCCGAUAUCCGUUUGUUCACCACCAUCGUCAGAUUCGACCCUGUGUACUACCAGCACUUCAAGUGCAAUAUCCGUAUGAUCAGACAUGACUAUCCUUAUAUUCAUAACUGGUUGCGCUUGUUAUACUGGAAGAUUCCUGGCUUCCAGGAGACCACCGACUUCGACCACAUCAAGUACCACUACACUCGGUCCCACGCAAAAAUCAAUCCAUUGGGAAUCACUCCGUUGGGUCCUUUGCCUCACAUUCUUCCUUUGUGA